ACAGGAGUAUUUUUUUGUAUGUGAAGAAACAAACUCCUCCCUUUGUAUAAUAUAUUUAUAUAUGAAUGUGUAUGGGUACUUUGUAUAAAAUCAUGUGAGUUCUUUAAUGUUUUACUUUCAGAGAAUCUAUGUAGUGGAGGGUAAAAAAAGUUUUUUUUUUUUUAUUGCUUUUUGGCCAUUUUUCGUUACUUUUGUCACUGGGUGUGGUCCCAAAAGCUGUCUUUUGACUAUGCAUAUAUUCUUUGGCCUUUUUGCAGGGGGUAAAUCAGACCCUUCUCUGUAUUCACUGGAAGUGCAUCAUGGGGGUAGGUUUAGUGUUAGGCCCAUGAAACUUUACACUGGGGGUAAGAUUGACACAUUCCAUGACCUAAAUCCAGAUUAUAUAUCAAUGUUGGAAAUGGAGGCCAUUGCCCAGGAUCUUGGGUAUUCUGGCCAUGUGGCCUUUUACUAUAAAAAACGUGGUUUUAGUUUGGACAAAGGGCUUGUGCCUUUUAGUACUGAUAAAGAGGCAAUCAAAAUGCUGGAUUUUCUGCAUAAAGAUAGGGUUGCUAAAGUUUACUUGGACCAUAAAGGAGGAGAGACUUUACUUGAGAGCCAGGUGGGUAGUUCCAAUAUAAUUGCAGCCCAUCAAAGGGACCCACAUUUGGAGGAGCUGUCUGAAGUCGAAGUUUGUGACCUAACCUUAGAAACAGAGCAAAAUGUUGGGGCUAUUGAUGGAGGGAUUGGGCUUGGGCCUACUGAUGGAGGGAUUGGGUUUGGGCCUACUGAUGGAAGGACUGGGUUUGAUGUAGAGACUGAUCUUGGGUUUCAAGACAUGCUGCUUAUGGACCCUAGUGUUGGGUUUGACGUUGACUUUGGGAUUGGAUCAGAUUAUGUUAACUUAAAUGAGGACAUUGGCAAUGGGAAUUUAGGGUUUGAUGCCACAGAUAUAUUAGAGUUUGAGGGCAAUAGGGUUAUUUCGUCAGACAAAGACUCAUCCGAUGGUGUGUACUAUAGUGACCACUCAUAUAGAGAGACUGAUGAUGAUGAAUUGUACGAGGCCUACAAUAUUGAUAAGGAAGAAGAAUUUGUUGGUGUACCUAAAGAUAACUUCAAAGGGCCAAAGGUGUGUGAAGAUGAGAUCUUAAGUGAUGGAGAUUCGAAGUAUGAUUCAGACUACAGUUUUUCCAACUCAUCUGAUGACGAAAAUGGGCACAAUAGAAGAAAGUAUGACUUCAAGACUUUCAGGCCUGGGACAGACAUGGAAGAUCCCAGAUUCAAGGUUGGCCAGCUAUUUAGCACAACACAAGACUUCAAGGCAGCUGUGAAGCAGCAUGCAAUCAAGCACCAAAGGCCUUUAAAGCUUGUUAAAAAUGACAAAAGAAGGGUGAGGGCUAGGUGUCAGGGUGAGGACUGCAACUGGGAGGGGUAUGCAUAUAAGGUAUUGGGGGAGAGUACAUACCAGGUGAGAACUUAUACUAGCAACCAUAACUGCAUUAAAACUUAUUCAAAUAGGAAUGUAACUUCAACCAUGAUUGCAAGGAAGUACCAGGAUGAUUUGAGGACCAAUCCAAGACUACCUAUUCCUGCAUUCAAAGAGAGAGUGAGGAAAGAAUUAAAAGUAGAUGUAACAAGAAAUCGGUUGUAUAGAGCAAAGAGGAAGGCUGCGGCCUUAAUUUGUGGAAGUGAUCUUGAGCAGUAUGGGAGAUUGUGGGAUUACUGUGAGGAGUUGAGGAGGUCCAAUCCUGGAUCCACAGUUGUAAUGGAUGCGCACCAGUGGAUGAAGAAUUUGGGCAACCAAAAUUUAACAGAAUUUACAUAUUCCUAAGGGCUAUGAAGUCUGCUUUUACUAAUGGGUGUAGAAAGAUCAUUGGUGUUGAUGGUUGCCAUUUGAAGGGAGAGUACAAUGGACAGAUUUUAACUGCAGCUGGAGUUGAUCCAAACAACGCUAUGUAUCCAAUGGCAUGGGCUGUGGUAGAGAAAGAAGACAAGGAUACAUGGGGAUGGUUUCUUACAUUAAUCAAGAUGGAUUGCAACAUUAAUGACAACAAUGAACAUGAGUGGACCUUCAUUAAUGACAGGCAGAAGGGUUUAAUCCCAACACUAAAUGAAAUGCUUCCAAGGGUAGAGCACAAGUAUUAUUGCAAGCACAUAUAAAGUAAUUUUCAGAAAUUAUUUAAGGGCAUUUCAUUUGAGGACAAGUUUUGGGCAUGUGCCAAUGCAUCACAUGUAUCCAAAUUUGAAGAAGCAAUGCAAAGGGUUAAGGAGGAGGAUGAAAAGGCAUAUGAUUGGCUAGCAAAUAUUCCCUCUAGAUAUUGGAGUAGGUCACAUUUUAGGAAAACAAUUAAGUGUGAUAUGGUAUGCAACAACUUAUGUGAAGCAUUUAAUAGAGGAAUUCUAGAGGCAAGAGAUAAGCCAAUCAUAGAGAUGCUUGAGUGGAUAAGAUGCUAUUUAAGCAAACGUAUACUAGUUAGGAGAGAGUGGAUCAAGAAGUACCCCAAUUCCCUCCUACCAAAUAUCUAUGACAAGAUUGAGGCCUUGAGUAAUGAGUCUGGCCUAUGCUAUGCAACAUGGUUUGGUGAUUUGCAGUUUCAAGUCAAAGUGGGGGGACAGGAUGGUGAGCAAUAUACAGUGGACUUGAACCAACGGUCAUGCACUUGUAGGAGAUGGAAUUUGAGUGGACUGCCAUGCCCUCAUGCCAUGGCAGCAAUACAAGAAAGACACCAAAAACCAGAGGUCUACAUACAUGCUUGUUAUUCCAAGGCAACGUACAUGAAAGCAUAUCAACCAUUGAUUAACCCCAUCAAUGGGUACAAGAUGUGGCCAAAGACUGGAUUCACUCCAGUGCUUCCCCCAUCUACCAGAAGGAAGGUUGGAAGGCCUAGAAUGAAGAGAAUAAGAGGUCCUGAGGAGUACCUUAAUCCAUUGUACCCACACAAGAUGUUGAAAGUUGGGUAGAAUUCAGUGUUUUGCAGGAGAUGUGGGCAACAUGGACACAAUAGGAGGACUUGCAGUGUACCAUUGGCAGAACAAAAGGAAGGUGAGACAGCUGAAGGUAAUGCUGGGAGGAGCAGAGGUGCAACUGAUGUGCAAGGUAUACCUGUGAAGGGCAGAGGUAGGGCUGUGAGAGGUAGAGGUAGUGUUGUACAAGCAAGGGGCAGAGGUGGAGCUAUGCAAGCAAGGGGUAGAGGCAUUGCUAUGCAAGCAAGGGGAAGAGGACAUGCUGUUCAAGCAAGGGGCAGAGGUAAUGUUGUGCAAGCAAGAGGUAGAGGCAGUCUUGUGAGGGGAGAUGUAGGUGUUGUGCAAGGAAGGGGUGUAAGAAGAGGAGGAACAACUGUUAGAGGUAGAGGAGGAAGAACAGGGCCUGCUAUUAGG